AUGGACCAAUUGGUCGGGCCGCCCGUCGUGUCGGCUGAGCCGGCCCUUCUGCCGCCACGGACGCCUCUUCACGGCCGCUACAGUGCUGUAGUUCCCCUGCGACCAGAGCACUGGCGAUCGAUAUACAAGCAUCUCGGAGGAGAGCAAAACGCCUGGAGAUGGAACUACAUGCCGAUUGAAGGGUUCCCAAGCGAGGAGGCAUGUGAGACCACGAUCAGGGCCUGGGCCGCUUCGGAGGAUCCCAUCUACUAUGCGGUUCUUUCUGGCCCUGCUUCCGACGCCGCUUCGGAGCCGGCCGGCAUCUUGUCGUAUCUGUCCAUUGUGCCAAGCCAUCGCAGGAUUGAGAUUGGAUGGGUGAUUCUUGGCGACGCUUUGAAGCAUACGAGAGCAGCGACAGAGGCAUUUUACCUGUUCAUGAAGCAUCCCUUUGACGACUUGGGAUAUUGGCGCGUGGAGUGGAAGGCGAAUUCCCUCAAUGGGCCGAGUGUGGCAGCGGCCAAGCGCUUGGGCUUUACGUUUGAAGGAGUCUUCAGGAAACACAUGAUUGUAAAGGGCAGACGCAGGGAUACUGCUUGGCUGAGCAUCACUGACGAUGAAUGGGAUGCUGUGCGGAGGGGAUUUGAGCUUUGGCUGGACGAGAGCAAUUUUGAUGAGAAUGGGAAACAGAAGAGGGGACUUCGCGAAUGCAGGGAAUCAUGA